AAUGUCCGGAUCCCCGGAGGAGAAGCUGCCAGAGAUCUGAUGUUGCAGUGAUCUGACACGAUGCCAGGGCGGCUGCUGACGGCUUUGAAGGUCCUGGGCACAAGCCUCUUUGCCCUGCUGGUGCUGGGGGGCAUUCUCGCUGCCUAUGUCACCGGAUACCAGUUCAUACACACCGACCGGCACCACCUCUCCUUCGGACUGUACGGGGCCAUCCUGGGACUGCAUCUGCUCACCCAGAGCCUUUUCGCUUACCUGGAGCACAGACGGAUGCGGAAAGGAAGGCAGAAGUUCCCGACGGGAAACUCUAGAGUGGCGCUAUGCAUCGCAGCCUAUCAAGAAGACCUGGAGUACCUUAGAAAGUGCCUGCAGUCGGUACGGCGGCUCUCCUACCCUCACCUGCGGGUCGUGAUGGUGGUGGAUGGAAACGCGGAAGAUGACAGAUACAUGAUGGACAUUUUCAGGGAGGUGAUGGGAUCUGAAGGCACCUGCUGCUACGUCUGGGACAAUAACUACCAUGUGACAGAAGAAGGGGGGCAGGAAGGCGAAAGGGGCGUACAGGAACUGGUACAGAAGUUUCCGUAUACCUGUAUCAUGCAAAGAUGGGGAGGAAAGAGAGAGGUGAUGUACACAGCCUUCCGAGCACUGGGAGACAGUGUGGACUAUGUGCAGGUCUGCGAUUCUGACACUGUGUUGGACCCAGCAUGCACUGCAGAAAUGCUGCGUAUUUUGGAGGAAGACCCAAAAGUGGGUGGAGUUGGAGGAGACGUGCAGAUAUUGAACAAAUACGAUUCGUGGAUCUCCUUCUUGAGCAGUGUGCGUUACUGGAUGGCAUUUAAUGUGGAGCGAGCUUGCCAGUCCUACUUUGGCUGUGUGCAGUGCAUCAGCGGCCCACUGGGGAUGUACCGGAACAGCCUUCUGCAAUAUUUCCUGGAGGAUUGGUACCACCAGACAUUCCUGGGCCAGAAAUGCAGCUUUGGAGAUGACCGACACCUUACCAAUCGCGUGCUUAGCAUGGGCUACCGGACUAAGUACACGGCACGUUCCAAGUGCCUGACAGAGACCCCCACCAAGUACCUGCGUUGGCUGAACCAGCAGACACGGUGGAGCAAAUCCUAUUUCCGGGAGUGGUUGUACAACGCUCUCUGGUUCCACAAACAUCACCUCUGGAUGACCUAUGAGUCUGUGGUGACCGGCUUCUUCCCAUUCUUUCUGGUGGCCACCGUGGUGCAGCUCUUCUACCGUGGUCGCAUUUGGAACAUCAUGCUUUUCCUCUUGACCGUUCAGCUGGUCGGCAUCGUGAAGGCCACCUACGCGUGCUUCCUCCGCGGCAACGUGGAAAUGAUCUUCAUGUCUUUGUACUCUCUUCUCUACAUGACCAGCCUGCUCCCUGCCAAAAUGUUUGCAGUGAUCACCAUCAACAAGUCUGGCUGGGGUACCUCAGGGCGCAAAAAGCUUGUGGUGAACUUCAUGGGGGUAGUACCGGUAUCGGUCUGGUUCUGUGUCCUUCUGGGGGGUCUGGUGUACACGGCCUACUGCCAAAGUCAGGACCCCUUCACCGAAACCGAACUGCUGUUCCUGGUAACGGGAGCCAUACUGUAUGGCUGUUAUUGGCUGGCGCUGCUAAGUUUGUACGUGGCGAUUGUUGCCCGGCGCUGCGGCAAGAAACAGGAGCUUUAUAACCUGGCGCUAGCGGAGGUGUGA